AUGAAUCAAAGAAAUUUUAAAGCAAUUUUCUUUAUUGUAUUUGUUAUGUUUGCUUUAAGCGACCGUGUGAUCGCUGGCAAUCCUUAUGAUUUAAUAAACAUAACUUAUGAUUUAGGAGUGGGAUAUUUUUAUGAUUACCCAGUCGAAAUAUAUUCUUUUGAAGAAAUUCAUACAAAUGAACCACUUGCACCUACGACUUUUCCCUAUAACCCGAUUUACAUCUUUCUUAAAGAUCUUCAUGAUGAUAUUUCUAAUGUUAUGCAACCAAAUAUUAUUGAAUUUAUUCCUGGUGACAAAGGAUACUCGGAUUUAAAACAAGCAGUCAUAGUAACUGGACGUAAGGAGAAUGACCCUCAUAUUACGUCUUAUGAAGGCUUGAAAAGACUUGGCAAAAAAGUAGAAAUUUAUUAUACUGAUACCUAUCUCAAUAAUCCUAUUGUUGGAUUUUCAUCCGAUUUGACUUAUCCUGAGGAUGCACCAUCAAAGCUUGGCUAUUACAAUGGUGGACCAAUUCGUUAUUUUGACUUUGGUAUUAAUCCAGCCGGCAAUAAAACUGUACCCAUUUAUCAUGUGAUUGACAAAAAUUACAAUAUAUUGUCCACCUUGCCUAGCACAAUUCCGGGUUUUAAAGACUAUAGUGCUAUGUGGGCCGUUUUUAAUAUCACGGUCAUUAAUGUACCGGUGAAAAAAAUAACAUCUCUAGACCAAGUAUCACAUAUUACACCAAUUUAUUCAGGUCUCUUGGUCAAUUGUCCAAUUUCUACAACUGCUCUUAAGAACCGUUAUGAAUUAUCUAUACUUG